AUGGUCAAGGAACGGCGUUUUUAUGACGUCCUGGGCGUUUCGCCCGACGCCCCAGCGUCCGAUAUAAAAAAAGCUUUCAAGAAACUUGCCUUGAAGCACCAUCCGGACAAGGGAGGUGACCCAGACAAGGUGGGCGUUUCUUAUUUUCAGUAAUCUGAUCAGUUUAAAGAAAUAGCACAUGCAUUUGAAGUCCUGUCGGAUCCAAAAAAGCGCCAGAUAUAUGACGAAGGUGGUGAACAGGCUGUGAAAGAGGGUGGGACAGAUGGCUUCAGUGGUUUCCACAACCCCAUGGACAUAUUUGAUAUGUUCUUCGGUGGUGGCAGGUCUAGGCAGCCUCAUCGUGGCCGAGACACGGUUCACCCCCUAAGUGUAACAUUAGAAGAACUUUACAAUGGGGCAACUCGAAAGUUCAACGUCACCAAGAACGUCAUCUGCAGCAAGUGCGAAGGUACGAGCGUUAGGUCAUUAUCCACUUUGUAGGUCGGGGUGGGAAACCUGGUGCUGUACAGCCUUGCCGCACAUGCAAGGGUCGCGGUGUGGAAAUUCACAUGCUACAAAUGGGCCCUGGGAUGUUUCAGCAGUCGCAAAGCAUCUGCUCAGUCUGUCACGGCAACAAGGAGAUUAUCGACCCUAAAGAUCGUUGUACCGCAUGUAUGGGGAAGAAAGUCGUUCGUGAGAAGAAGCUCCUUAAGGUGGAUAUUGAGAAAGGCAUGGCGGUAGGCACUAUAUCCUCGCUAACGUUUUGUAGGAUAAUCAAACUAUACGAUUUAGCGGCGAAGGCGAUCAGGAACCUGGAAUCGAACCGGGAGAUAUUGUGAUUGCUAUUGACGAACAGCCGCACGAGCGUUUCCAUAGGAGGAAAGCAGAUUUAAUCUACUCAAUGGACCUUUCACUCAACGAAGCUCUUACCGGCUUCCGCCGCACCAUCAAGACACUUGAUGACAGAUGCCUGCUGAUAGAAACAUCACCGGGUGAAAUCAUCAAGGUCGGUGACUUCCGCGCCAUACACGGUGAGGGUAUGCCGCGAUACAGAAACCCUUUUGAUAAAGGGUCCCUCAUCAUCAAGUUCACAGUUGAAUUCCCCUCUUCACUGAACCCUCGGGACUGUGAAAAACUGCGACAAAUCCUCCCACGGCCUGUGGACGUUAUUGUCCCCGACGAUGCUGAGCCGUGCACGAUGGUUGAAUUCGACCCUCAAAGAGACUUUAACAGGCCUUCGGCGAGUCACCGCGAAGCUUAUAUGGACGAUGAGUCUGACGGGCCUGGUCCUCAACGUGUGCAAUGCGCGUCUCAGUAG